AUCUGAAUUCAGAGUCACAAUGUGUGGUAUUUGUUGCAUUGUUACCUUGUGUAGCCAGCAUGCUAUACGUGAUUUCUUUAAUGAAGACAUACUCUGCCAUCUUAGAAGAAGAGGACCAGACAGUAGCCAACAGUUGAUAAAAACUGCAUCUGAUCUCUCUUAUGAGUGUCUGUUUUCUGGCCAUGUGCUUCACUUGAGGGGACUGAUGACUCCUCAGCCUCUGGAAGAUGCAAAUAACAAUAUUUUUCUUUGGAAUGGAGAAAUUUUCAGUGGAGUGCAUGUAGGAGAUCUAGAGAAUGACACUGAAGUAAUGUUUCGUCAUCUUGCAUUAUGCACUAGUGAAGCAGACAUUUUGUCACUUUUUUCAUCGCUUCGGGGUCCGUGGUCUUUUAUUUAUUAUCAAGCAUCUAGACACAGUUUAUGGUUUGGCAGAGAUUAUUUUGGUCGUCGUAGUUUGCUUUGGCAAUUCAGUAAUGAGGUUGACGGUGCUUUCUGUCUCUCAUCUGUAAGUGUUUAUUCUGAAUCAGGUAACCAAUGGCAAGAAGUCCCAGCAUCCGGAAUUUUCAAAAUUGAUCUAAAAUCUUGUGCAACGACUAAAUCUUUGUCUUUAACGUUGUUUCCAUGGAAGUAUAGCUGCACAGAGAAAGGAGUAGAAGAAAUAUUCGUUAAUGUUCUGGACCAAGUUUCAAAAUAUGUACCAAACCACAUACCUCUCGUGAUGAAUGAAUCCAAACUAUGUCUCAGAGCACCAGUUAUCCCCUUAAAUAAAACAAUUUCUGAAGCUUCAGGUGAAUGUCCAGGCACUAAUGUUAGCAACGUUAUCCAUAUGGUUACUGUAGAAACCCUUCAAGGAUUUCUUGCAGAGGAACACAAGAAAAAAUUAGUCCAUCAGUUUAUUGAUGUUUUAAAUGAAGCGGUGAAGAGACGGGUUUUAUCUCUCUUUAGAGAUGAAGAUCAGAAAACAGGAGAAGUUCCAAGCAUGUCUAAUGGGAAAGCACACAUUGCGGUGCUCUUUUCUGGCGGCGUUGAUUCUAUGGUUAUUGCAGCACUUGCUGAUAAACAUGUGCCUUUAGGGGAACCAAUUGAUCUUCUCAAUGUAGCUUUCAUGAUAAAAGACAAAGCUAAGCAAAAGGGUGCCACUAAAAAACAUACCAACCAGGAAGUACCGCUUGGUUUGCUUUGUCCUCAGGAAAGUUGUAAAGAUCUUGAUGCUAAAACUGGUGUUCAUUUAUAUUGCUUUGAUGUUCCCGACAGAAUCACUGGUAGGGCAGGACUGAAAGAAUUAGAAGCCAUUAACCCUUCAAGAACCUGGAACUUUGUUGAAAUUAAUGUUACACUAGAGGAAUUGAAAAAAAUGAGACAACAAUAUAUUAAUCACUUAAUUUAUCCACUGGAUACGGUCUUGGAUGACAGCAUUGGCUGUGCAAUUUGGUUUGCUUCCAGAGGAGAGGGUUUUAUUAGUAACCAAGGAGAACUGAAACCAUAUAAAAGUCCUGCAAAGGUUGUGCUUACAGGAAUUGGAGCAGAUGAACAGCUUGCUGGGUAUUCUCGACAUCGUGUUUGCUUCAAAAAAUACGGCUUAGAGGGUCUGGAAAAAGAACUUGAAAUGGAGUUAGAUCGCAUUUCUUCUAGAAAUCUUGGUAGAGAUGACAGAAUUAUUGGUGAUCAUGGAAAAGAAGCCAGGUUUCCUUUUCUUGACGAAGAUGUUGUUUCAUUCCUCAAUUCUCUGCCCAUCUUAGAAAAAGCUGACUUGACUUUACCACGAGGAAUUGGUGAAAAAUUGAUUCUGCGCCUUGCAGCCACCGAGUUUGGCCUUACAGCCUCGACCAUUUUGCCAAAAAGGGCUGUACAGUUUGGAUCUCGGAUUGCAAAACUAGAGAGCAGCAGUGAAAAAGCAUCUGACACAUGCAGCAGACUGAAGUUAUGUUCAGCAGAUGAAUUAUAAAGCUACAUCUUGAGAUGUUGCAUUUAUCCUUUAGUAUUGUAUUUUAGAAACUGGAAAACAUUCUUGAAGAAUGCUCAGGCCUGAUAAGUGUUCCCUGGAGCGGAAUAAGCUGAUGAGGCAACCUGCUUGUCAAACUUUGUAGCACAGAAAAAUGGUGAUGCCGUGUUGGCAAAGUCUGACAAAAGUAAGUAGCAAGUAUUACUUACUACUGUGUCCGCUAGUUGGCUGGCUUCAAAAGACGACAUGUAGUGCUCAGUGGAGAUUCCCAGUGGACUGCUGGGCCAGCUAAAAAAUGUACCCAGACAGCAACUUUGCUAGCACUGAUGGAUUGAGAUAUGCCCUGUAUUAUUACGAAGUCCAUCAGAUUUUGAGGGAAUUGGCUGUUGGAAUUUGCUGUUUAAACCUUCCAUUAAUUCAGAUGCAGAUCAUCACAGAACUUCUUGUCAGCUUCUUCCAGCUUACAUUGAUAGAAAAAUUGGACAAAUUUUGAUCAGUGUUGAUUACAUGGCAGAAGUUUGGGGCACAAAGAGAAAUGUAUCAGGUUCUUUGAGCUCUGCUGCUCUGAAACAUUGAUACUGAUAGGAAAACCCAAACCCAAGAUGGAAAUAUUUUUUGAGGUUUUGUUCAGGAGGCAAGGAGAAAAACAUUCCUGUUAAAAAAAUACCUAAUGUUGCAUGUAGUUUAUACAUGGCAUUCCUAAAAGCUGGGAUUAUUACUCAAAAAAAUAUGGAUCAUUGGAUCUCAUGCAAAAUUAUAAGCUGACAUGAAAUACUGUAAACUAACACAUUUCCAAAAGAGCUGUGGUAUUUAAGUGAUUGGUCAGAUUUUCAAAAGCCCUCACUACUCUGAAGGACUCUCUAAGAAUAACAGAGCUCCAGGCUUCUGAAUUCUUCAAACUAGAUCUCUAAAGACACAGGUGUAUAUUUUUUCCUAACAUUUUACUUAGUUUUAUUUAUAUUAUUUGCUGUGUCUGUAUAAUUAAGAUUUAAAAUUAGUUGCCUUGCUAUAUAAUAUAUAAGGUGGUCUUAGCAACAAAAGAAUCUUCUAACAUAUAACUAGUAAUUCCCAAAGUAUUAAUAAAAAUACUGUCAGGUUAUAUAUGCAACAGCAAAGUGCAUCUGACAAAUACAUUUUUAAAACUGAAGAAUAAUGCUUACACUUAGGUGGUACAAACAUUUUUAUGGCAGGCAAUGAUAGUGUUCUAAAAGGUUUUAUUUGACUAGAAUUUUGUACUCAUUCCUGGUUUGCAGGUUUAAUUGAUAUUCUCACUGAACAUGAUUUUGAGGGAACCUGUGAUGAAAAUACGAAUAAAGAUCCAACUUACAAUCCGAACAGUACAGAAAAAAAGUGUCUUUUAUGCAAUACCCUGAUAAUAUGAUAUUUAAAUUGACACUUGGCACUACACAAGUUGAACUACAUGAAAAUGUAUUUAGGCUUGAUACGGUGAAUAGCUUCAUCAAUCUGAUAUAUAGAGAAAGUACCUCAAGUUAACGAACUCAAUUCCAUUUUUACUGAGGUUUAAAAAGAAGAUGGACAUCCCAAAUUUAAGUAAAAUGUCUUCAGCCAUAUUCUAGUAAGAAAA